UGGGCGACUCCUUUCUCCCCGGCCCGCGGUUGCCCGGGUGUUCCUCGUGCGCCCCGCGCCCGCGUUCCAGCCUCACCCUCACCGGCGCGAGCGCGUGCACGCGCCUGCGCAGAAACCUGCCGCGUUUCGGAGUUGGGGCGCGCCUAACGGCUGCAGCCGGAGUGCGAGCGGCGAAGGUCCAGGUCCAGGCGACACGUACCCGCCGCUUCCUCCCCCGUUGUCCGUAGGAGGCAGGCAUCCUGGGUUAAAGUUCUAUUGAUGAAACUUUGUGUCUAAAUGGCUGAUCUGGAGAAAGGAAAGAAAAUCUUUGUGCAAAAGUGUGCUGUGUGCCACACCAUUGAAAAAGGUGGAAAACAUAUGGUUGGACCUAACCUCUGGGGUAUUUUUGGGCGUAAAACUGGAUCAGCUGAAGGAUAUCUCUAUUCCGAUGCAAACAAGAACAAAGGGAUCACAUGGGGAGAGAACACCCUAAUGGAAUAUUUGGAGAAUCCCAAAAAAUACAUUCCUGGAACAAAAAUGCUGUUUGCUGGUAUCAAGAAGAAAAGUGAGCGUGCUGACCUUAUUGCUUAUUUAAAGAAAGCAUCAUCAUCAUGAAUAAAAUGCUUGAUUUAAUUUUAAAAUGCAUUUUAUUUUGGUAGUCAUCUGAAAAUUUAGUGAGGCGUUAAUAACUCCAAUAAGUUAUCUGCUUAUCAUUUUCAGUGUCAAUUUGUUACUUGAUUUUAAGUACUGUAUUGGAAGUGAUUUGAUUGUGUCACAAACUUUCAAUUUCUA